AGUCCCAGCACAGUCAGGUUGGCAGCGGUCCUCUCAGCAGCACGGCAUCAUUCAAGAAGGCGUUGGGCUGCACUGCUCAACGCCUUUCAUCCACCUCUCUCCCCUCUCCUUCCUCUCUUCCAGCUACGAGGCAGAUGCAGACAUGGUGAUGUCGGUGAUAGCCCUGAAACCCCUUCUUCGCAGCUCCAACACAGGCAUGUUGGUGGAGGUGUCAAAGGGCAGCACAGGGUCGCUGCUGCGGGGCAUGGCGGAGGUGCGGGUAGCAGUGAUCCAUGCCCUUACUCCACGUCUCCUCCCUUUCUUCCUUAUUCCUUUUCAUCCUCGCCUCUCCCACCACCAGCUACGAGGCAGAUGCGGACGUGGUGAUGUGAGUCAGCGCCCUCAAGCCCCUCCUAAGGGGCUCCAACAGGGGGGUGGUGGCGGAAGUGAGCAAGGGCAGCACAGGGUCGCUGCUGCGCGGCAUGGCAGAUGUGCGCACGCAGACGUGGUGAUGUCAGUCAUAGCUCUUAAACCUUUGCUUCGCGGCUCCAACACAGGAGUAGUUGCAGAGGUAUCAAAGGGCAGCACGGGGUCGCUGCUGCGGGGCAUGGCGGAGGUGCGCGUGAGUGCCGUGGAGAAUCUCUCUGCCAAGCUCUUCGUGCAGUGCUCUAGGCAACCGGGGCUUGUGGAUGUGUACUGCAAGCUGCUUGAUCAUACUGGUGGGUGCGGGUGGAAAUACCACACUGGGGGGGAUAUACAGGAGUGGGGUAGAGGGGUGAAGGGGAGCGCCGUGGAGAAUCUCUCCGCCAAGCUCUUCGUGCAGAAGGGGCACCUCUCCACCGCCAUGGAGAAUCUCUCCGCCAAGCUCUUCGUGCAGUGCUCCCAGCAAUUGGGCCUCGUUGAUGUCUACUGCAAGCUGCUGGACCACACUGGUGCGUUGGGGAUGUGCUCCCAGCAACCGGGGCUCAUUGAUGGGUACUGCAAACUGCUGGACCACACUGAGGGCAUGGCGGAGGUGCGGGGCACCGCCGUGGAGAAUCGCUCCGCCAAGCUCUUCGUGCAGUGCUCCCGGCAACCCGGGCUGGUUGAUGUGUACUGCAAGCUGCUGGACCACACCGGAGGGGCCCUGCGCUGCACACUGCAACCCUCCCUGCCCCCUCCCCUCUCGCAUCCUCGCACUUUGCUUUUCCCGCUCGCCUCUCCUCUCUCCCCUGCCUUCACUGUCCACCUUCUCUCGUCCCCACCACCUCCAUCUCCUCCCUCCUCCACCUCCCCUCUCCCCCGCCUCUUUCAUGUUCCCAUGCAUUACCUUUCCCCGCCUCUUUCAUCUUCUCAUCAUUACCUUUCCCCGUCUCCCCUCUGCCCCUCUCCCCCACCUCGCCUCGCCCCCCCAGACGAGGUGAUCAACGUGAGAAGCUUCCCCUCACUUGCCGGCCUGCCCUACGGCCUUGUGCGCAGGGGCUUCCCCGAGGUGAGUCAUGUGCGCAGGGGCUUCCCAGAGGCGGUGUGCUGUGGCAUAGUGAGGGACGGCAAGGUGCAGUUCCACCCCAAGGACUCCGAGCCGGUGCAGCGCACUGAUAAGUUGAUGCUGAUAGCGCUCAAGCACACGCACCGCCAUCCCCCACCAGCGCUCAUGAUGCAAGCAGCGCAGAUCAGGCAGAAGCAGGAGAUCAGCCGAGGGGGGCGGGAGGGGCGCGGGGGCGGUUCGAGUGAGGGGAUGGUGCGGGUGCACAGGGACUCGGCGCUAAAGACAAGAGAUGCCGGCCAGUUCAAGCCCAACGAGCCGGCAGCGAGGGCGGAGCGAAUGGUGAUGCUGGGGUGGCGCACGGGCGUGCCGGACAUGAUCCGCGAGUUUGACGACUACGUGGGGCCGGGCAGCGAGCUGGUCAUUCUGGCGGAGGAGAGCUUGGAGGAGCGGGAGAGGCAGCUUGCAAGGAUGCUCAGGACGCCUCUUCGAAACCUGACAGUCGUGCACAAGGUGGGCAACCCCAUGAGCCGCACGGACCUCACAGACGCCAUCCUAGAUCCCGGCAGUGUGUUCCACCCCUUUGUGUCCGCCGGGGGAGACAUGUUUUUUGACAACGUGCCCUUCUCCAUCAUCGUUGUUUCGGAUCGCUCCUGGCACCACGGAGAGCGCACCAAGCCGGACAAGCAGUCGCUGUACUCGCUGCUACUGGCAGAGUCGGUGUGCCGUGCCAACAAGAUCAAGGUGCAGUCUCUGAACGCGGAGCUAGAAGACAACCGCCUGGGGCGCGAGGUGGUGGGCAGCCAUCCAUCACUCACCUACAUCGGCACGUCUGACCUCAUGGGGCUAGUUACCUCACAAGUGACGGAGCAUGCAGAGCUCAAUGCCAUCUGGACAGAGCUGCUCAACUCAUGGGGAGAUGAAAUCUAUGUCAAGGUGGGUGUGACUUUUGAGUCGACUCAAAAGCUGCUCAACUCAUGGGGAGAUGAAAUCUAUGUCAAGGAUGCGUCCCUGUAUGUGAGUCCAGGGGAGACCCCAACCUUCAACGAGCUGGCGGAGAGAGCGGUGCAGCGGGGAGAGGUGGCGAUCGGGUACCGUCCAGGGGAGACCCCGACCUUCAACGAGCUGGCGGAGAGGGCGGUGCAGCGCGGGGAGGUGGCGAUCGGGUACCGGUGCGGCGACACCACAGUCAUCAACCCGUGCCCCAAGGACGUUCCGCUUGAGUUUGGCCCAGAAGACAGCCUCGUGCUCAUUUCUGACGCAACUGCGCGCCGAGUUCCCCCCUCUCUCUCCUCCUCCCGCGCGCCUCCCCCCUUCUGGUCCGGCCGUCGCAGUGACUCUAUCGUCCCUCCCUCGCACCGUCCCCCUCUCCCGUCCCAUGCCCCGCGCGCAGUGACUCUAUCGCGCGUGACUAAGAAGGGGCGCGAGCAGAAGGAGUCGCUAGUGGAGGCGGUGGUGACUCUAACGAGACGACUCAAUCUCAAGCUGCUUUGCUACCCUCCCCUCCCUUCACUUACCCUCUCCCGCAGUGACUCUAUCGCGCUGACUCUAUCGCGCGUGACUAAGAAGGGGCGCGAGCAGAAGGAGUCGCUAGUGGAGGCGGUGCGAGCGGCGGUGGAGGAGUAUUCAGACGUAUACGUGUUUGAAUUUGACAACAUGCGCAACACCAAGCUCAAGGAGCUCAGGGAUGAGCUCAAGGGCGUGUGCAGGUUCUUCCUGGGGGCGAACAAGGUGCUGCAGGUGGCGCUGGGGAGGGACAAGGCCACGGAGCAGAGGGAGGGGCUGCACCGGUGCAGUGAGCUGAUAGAGGGCCACCGAGGGCUGCUUUUCACAUCGCUGCCCAAGGAGCAGGUGGAGAAGCGGUUCAACGAGCUGGCAGAACCAGAUUUCGCUCGCACGGGCAGCAUCGCCACCAGCACCGUGGAGCUCCCAGAGGGGCCACUCACCCAGUUCAGCCAUGACAUGGAGCCGUUCCUCCGCAAGCAGGGCAUGCCCGUGCGCCUCAACAGAGGAGUGAUUGAUCUGGUGGCUGACUUCACAGUGUGCACAGAGGGCCAACCACUCUCCCCAGAAGCCGCAACCAUUUUGCGGCUACUGGGAGAAAAGAUGGCAGUGUUUCGGCUGCAUCUGCUGGCACGCUGGACGGACGGCUCCUUUGAGCUGCUGCCAGCUGGCGUGGAGGCAGCCAAGGCGGGCAGUGGGAAGGGCAGCAAGGGAGGGUUUGUGGAGGGGUUUGUGGAGGAGUCUGAUGAGGAGGGGAGUGAGGAGGACGAAGGGGAGGAGGAGGAAGGGGGUGGCGUGUACGACAGCAACGACCGCGUGCGACUGCUGAUGGAGCUGUGCGAAAGUGGCGACUUGCUCUCCCUGCUGUUGAGCAAGACAAAGAAUCUCAAUAAAUCCGUGGAACAGCAGCAGAAGCCGAGACGCCGGACAUCCGAGUCGUCUUGGCCGUCACUGAAGAAACUAUCUUCGUUAUGCAGAUCACGCUUUAGAAACAGCACUGGUGAACGACCAACUGGUCUUCCUGAACACCUGGCGGCUGGCAUCUUUUGGCAGCUAGUGACAGCCGUGCAGCAUUGCCACUCGCAGCGGGUUGUCCAUCGCGACAUCAAGCUGGAAAACGUGCUGCUGACGUCAGCUUCUCCGGCUUCCAAGCCCUCUGAAACAGUCACGUGUCCUUUUACAGUGAAGCUGGCAGAUUUCGGCACAGCAACUAUCCUCAAACCCGGCAUAGAUUUUACGAUGGGAAAUGUCGGGAGCGCUGCAUAUAAAGCACCUGAAGUCUCUCAAGACAGCUAUCACGGCACCCCGGCUGAUGUUUACAGCCUCGGGGUUGUCCUGUAUGCGCUCCUAACCUCCACAUUCCCGAAUUCCGGUGCAAGCAAAGGCACGGUGACACACAGGAAUCCACAAGACUUCAUUGAUAAUGAGUUGACAGUGCAUCUUUCAUCAGGUGUCAAGCAGCUGAUUGCUGCAAUGCUCACCGUGGAUCCCGCGAAAAGACCCACAUGUUCACAGGUGCUGGAGCAUCCAUGGGUGCACACGGGCAGAUGA